AGUGGUCCGCGCCCCACAGCCGCGACAAGUUCGCUUUGAGAAUUACAGACUGAUAUCAUAUAUAUAUAUGUAUAUUUAUGAGGAAAGAGAGAGUGUGUAUUUCAAGUGACUGUGUGACAAGUUAAGGUACUACACACAAUAGCGGCAAAUGGACAUAAUAUUUUAUUUAUUUAAUAUAAUAUUCGCGCGUAAAUUUUUAAAUUAAUUUGUGAUUAAAAAAUUUUAAUUUAUUUUUAUUUUAAAUAUAUCAAUGAGUUAAUUAUUUAUUUGGCCGGAAGUGAUGAAAAAUUUUUAACCCUAUAUGCAAAAUUAUUGUGUGAAGAUUUGAAAUUUUAUAUUUUAAUUUUUAAUUUUUUAUAAUUAAUUGGUGUUAAUUAAAAAAGUUUUAUUGUGAAUUUAUUAUUGUGAUUUGAUAUUUAUAAAUAAUAUCAUUUGACUGAGAAAUUUUUUUCAUACCGGUGCGGAUUAAACUGGGCUGAUUAUUAUAAAUUGACAACCAGGUGACAAAAGAGGUCAUCUGUACCAAUGUGGAUCCAGUGAAAAAUUAAUAACAACAAAAUAAAUAAAUAAAUCGGCCAAAUAAUGUGGCGAUUUAUAUUUGGGUCACUGUUAUUAGUGACAACAAUAAUAACAAAAACAACAAAUGCACGUACAGCAGUAUUACCACAUGAUGUUUAUCCUGGCUAUGAGGUUAUGAAAUUUUCUGACAAUGAUAACAGUAAUAACAAUAAUAAAAAUAAUCAUGUAACAUCAAAUUAUCGUUUACUUGAAACUGGUUAUUCAAAAUAUUUUACUGUACUUGAUAAUGGUAUGGUUAUGACAACAUCUGAUUUAACACCACUAGUCAAUAGUCCAGUUAAUUUAAUUGUACUUGAAGAAAAUUCAAAUUAUACUGAAACUCAUGAUUUACAUUUAUUUGUUAUUAAUCGUGGUAAUAUGUUGACAUUUUCACAUGAAAAAUUAGGACAUGGUGAAGUUUUAGAAAAUUUACCAAGUGGUACAAUUGUUGAUGAAUUACCAGUACUUCAUGCAAAUGGUAAAUUUCCAGUUUAUUAUAAAAUAAUGCCAGAUAUAUCUGGUGAUUAUUUAUUUGCAUUGUCUGAUGAAAGUUCAACUGAAAUUGGAUAUAAUUUAACAUUGACAAGAUCAAAUCAAGGUGUUAGAAUUGUCACAACAAAACCACUUGAUCGUGAGCUUAAAAAAUCAUAUGAUAUUGUUAUUCAUGCAACAGAUGGUAAUAAUAUUAGUACAUCAAAAAUAAGUGGUGUUAUUGAUGUACUUGAUGACAAUGAUAAUAAUCCAAUAUUUAAAAAAACUCAUUAUACAUUUGUUUUGAGACCAAAAAAUAUUGAUACUAUUGAAAAAGAUGGUGUACCAAAAUGGAAAAGAUUUGCAUCAAUUGGAAGAGUUAUGGCAACUGAUGCUGAUGGUGAUAAAGUUGCAUAUAAAUUAAUAACACUGACAAAUUUAAUAAUAAUUGUACCACAAACUGGUGAAUUAUUGUUGACUGGUGAACCAGAUGCAACAAUUGAUGAAGACAGUGAAAUUGAAUUAUUAAUUGAAGCACAUGAUGUUCGUGUACCAAGUAAAAGUUCAAUAAUACCAGCAAAAGUUAUUGUUAGAUUUAUAACAACUGAGCCACUUUAUCAACAACCAAAAGUUCAUAAAAUACAAAAACGACGUGUUACAAGAGCUGUUAGACCAACUAAAAAAGUUGAAUUUUUAGAAUCAGAAGGUGAUAUUGAUGGUAAAAUUGUAUUUUCACUUGAAAAAGAAACUGAAAAAGAAACAUAUAAAAUAAGAGAUGAAAAUCCAUGGGUUACCGUUGCAUCAAAUGGCUCAGUUAAAGUUAAACAAAAGUGGGACUAUGAAGAACUUGGUCCAGAAAAAACUAUUGAUUUUUGGGUGACAAUUAAUAAUCAAAAACUACAGUACACAGACAAUCAACGUGUUAUCAUCAACAUCAAGGAUGUCAAUGACGAGGCACCAUACUUCAUAAAUAAACCAUUGCCAAUGCAAGCAGUGGUACAGUUGAAUGCACCACCCAACACUCAUGUGUUUACACUUCAAGCAAGAGAUCCAGAUACUGAUCACAACAUUCAUUAUUUCAUCGUACGAGAUCGAACUGGUGGAAGAUUUGAGGUCGAUGAACGUUCGGGCGUGGUUCGUACCAGAGGAACUGAUGUCUUUCAACUUGAUAUGGAAUAUGUUUUGUAUGUCAAAGCAGAAGAUCAAAAUGGAAGAAUUGAUGAAAAACAUUUUCAAUCAACACCUGAAGAAAGAUUGUCAAUUGUUGGUGGUAAACGUGCACCACAAUUUUAUUUACCAAAUUAUGAAACUGAAAUACCAGAAAAUCAAAAAAAAGAUACAGAUAUAAUAUCUGUCAAGGCAAAAUCAUUUGCUGAUAGAGAAAUUCGUUAUACUCUGAAAGCACAGAGUCAAGGUGCUGCUGGUACAUUUAAUAUUGGACCAACAUCAGGAAUAGUUAAAUUAGCAAAAGAAUUAGAUUUUGAAGAUGUUAGACAACCUCAUGUUUACACACUUGUUGUAACAGCUACUGAAGAUUCUGGUGGUUUUUCUACGUCAGUUGAGUUGACAAUCAGAGUUACUGAUGUUAAUGACAAUGCACCAAAAUUCGAGCUGCCUGAUUAUCAAGCCCACAAUGUUGAUGAGGACAUAUCAUUGGGAACAAGUAUUCUAAAAGUCAAAGCAACUGAUGCUGAUUCUGGUGCAAAUGCUGAUCUUGAAUAUCUGGUAUCUGAUGAUCAUUUUAGUGUUGGUUCAAGUGGUCUUAUUGUCAAUAAUAAACAGCUUGAUGCUGACAAUAAUAAUGCUUACUAUGAAUUUAUUGUUACUGCCAAAGAUAAAGGUGAUCCAUCAAAAACUGGUACAGCAACAGUACGAAUAUAUACAAAAAAUAAAAAUGAUGAAGAACCAAAAUUUUCUCAACAAGUAUAUACGCCAAAUGUUGACGAGAACGCCGGGCCUAACACCUUGGUGACGACCGUAGUCGCAUCUGAUAAAGAUGGUGACAACGUACGCUUUGGUUUUGCAAAUGAUACAACAUCAUCAGGGCAGUUCGUCAUCGAGGAGAUAACCGGCGUUAUUCGUCUACAAGGCAAUCAUAUAUCACUUGAUCGUGAUAAAUAUGAAUUAAAUGUAACAGCAAUGGAUGAUGGAAGUUGUUGUCCAGAUGGAAAAAAUCGUAUACAUACAAGUGUUGCUGUUGUUGUUGUAUUUAUAACUGAUGUUAAUGAUAAUAAACCAAUUUUCAAAGAUUGUGGUAGUUAUUCACCAAAAGUUGAAGAGGGUGCACCAAAUGGUAGUCCAGUUAUUAAAGUACAAGCAACUGAUGAAGAUAAAGGUGUCAAUGGUCAAGUUAAAUAUUCAAUUGUACAACAACCAAAUCAAAAAGGUACUAAAUUUACAGUUGAUGAAGAAACUGGUGAAGUUGUCACCAACAAGGUAUUUGAUCGUGAAGGUGAUGAUGGAAAGUUUGUAUCAGUUACAGUCAAAGCAACUGAUCAGGGUGAACCUUCCCUGGAGGGAGUUUGUUCAUUUACUGUUGAAAUAACUGAUAUUAAUGAUAAUCCACCUCUUUUUGAUCGUCAGAAAUACGUUGAAAAUGUUAAACAAGAUGCUAGUAUUGGCACAAAUAUACUAAGAGUGUCAGCAUCAGAUGAAGAUGCUGACAAUAAUGGUGCAAUAAUGUACACAUUAAGUUCACCAAGCAACGUUCAAGAUCUUGAGUACUUUGAAAUCCAACCAGAAUCUGGUUGGAUUGUACUUAAAAAACCACUCGACCGCGAGACAUACAAGCUGGAGGCGAUGGCACAAGACAAGGGCUAUCCGCCCUUGUCAAGAACCGUGGAGGUUCAAAUUGACGUUGUGGACCGUGCUAAUAAUCCUCCCGUAUGGGACCACGUUGCGUAUGGCCCGAUCUACUGUAAAGAGAACAUGGCCGUUGGUGCUAAAGUUGUGUCUGUUAAAGCCAGCUCAGGAAUUGAAAAUAAUCCAACGGUAUUUUAUCACUUAAUGCCAGGAUCAACAGCACAAACAAAUAAAUUUCAUACAUUUUAUUUACAACAAAGAUCAGAAACAUCAUCAAGAGAAAAUGUCACAUGGGCUGAUAUUAAAGUAAAUCAUCCCUUAGAUUUUGAAAGUAUACAAAAUUAUAAUUUAACAAUACGUGUUGAAAACAAUGGUGCUCAGCAGUUGGCUUCUGAGGCAACUGUAUUCAUUGUACUUGAGGAUGUCAAUGAUGAGAUACCACUGUUUACCGAGGGUGAACAAGAAACAGUACUUGAGGGUGAACCAGUUGGUACAAUGGUUACCCAAGUUAAUGCUAUUGAUAAGGAUGGUACAGCACCAAACAAUUUGGUCACUUAUUAUGUUGUUAGCAGCAAUAGAAAUGAGGGUAAAGAUUAUUUCGAAAUAAAUCGUGAAACUGGUGAAAUAUUUACCAAGGUAGUGUUUGAUCGUGAAAAACAAGGUGCUUAUGCACUUGAAGUUGAAGCUAGAGAUGGCGCCAUAUCAGCUAGACCAAAUAGCAAUGGACCAAAUUCUGUUACGAAAUUUAUUCGAAUUGGUAUUGCCGACAAGAACGACAAUCCACCGUAUUUUGACAAGGGCCUCUACGAGGCUGAGGUAGAUGAAAAUGAGGACAUUCAACAUACCGUACUUACUGUCACCGCCAAAGAUCACGACGAGUCCUCGCGUAUUCGAUAUGAGAUUACAAGCGGUAACAUAGGUGGUGCAUUUGCGGUCAAAAAUAUGACUGGUGCAAUUUAUGUUGCUGGUGCACUUGAUUACGAAACAAGAAAAAGAUAUGAACUCAAGUUAACAGCUUCAGAUAAUCUACGAGAAAAUUACACAACUGUUGUAAUUCAUGUCAAGGAUGUCAAUGAUAAUCCACCAGUUUUUGAACGACCAACAUAUAGAACUCAAAUAACUGAAGAAGAUGAUAGAAAUUUGCCAAAACGUGUUCUUCAGGUUAUGGCAACAGAUGGUGAUAAAGAUAGACCACAAAAUAUUGUUUAUUUUUUAACUGGUCAAGGUAUUGAUCCAACAAAUCCAGCAAAUAGUAAAUUUGAUAUUAAUCGUACAACUGGCGAGAUUUAUGUUUUAAAGCCAUUGGAUCGAGAUCAACCAAAUGGAAGACCUCAAUGGCGAUUUACAGUGUUUGCUCAAGACGAGGGUGGUGAAGGACUUGUCGGAUAUGCUGAUGUACAAGUCAAUCUCAAGGAUAUCAAUGACAAUGCACCAAUAUUUCCACAAGGUGUUUAUCAUGGAAAUGUCACUGAAAAUGGAACAGCUGGAAUGUUGGUAAUGACAAUGACAGCUGUUGAUUAUGAUGAUCCAAGUGAGGGAACAAAUGCAAAAUUAAUGUAUUCAAUUGAAAAAAAUGUUAUUGAAGAAGAAACAGGCUCACCAAUAUUUGAAAUUGAACCAGAAACUGGUGUUAUUAAAACAGCUGUUUGUUGUCUUGAUAGAGAAAGAACUCCUGAUUAUUCUAUACAAAUUGUUGCGGUUGACGGUGGAGCGUUAAAGGGUACGGGGACGGCCUCAAUACGAGUGAAAGACAUAAACGAUAUGCCACCGCAAUUCACCAAAGACGAGUGGUUAACAGAAGUGGAUGAAACGGAUGGAGCGAAUUUACCGGAAACGCCAAUUCUCACUGUAACUGUACACGAUGACGAUGAAACCAACAAGUUUCAGUACAAGGUACUUGACAAUAGUGGAUUUGGUGCAGACAAAUUUACCAUGGUAAGAAACAAUGAUGGUACUGGUUCUUUAAAAAUAGUUCAACCAUUAGAUUUUGAAGAUCAAUUACAAAGUAAUGGAUUUAGAUUUCGUAUACAAGUCAACGAUAAGGGUGAAGACAAUGAUAAUGAUAAAUAUCAUGUUGCUUAUUCAUGGGUUGUUGUUAAAUUACGUGAUAUUAAUGAUAAUAAACCACAAUUUGAAAAAUCAAAUAUAGAAACAACAGUACUUGAAGAUGCAAGUGUUGGUAAUAGUUUAGAAACAUUUAAAGCAACUGAUCCUGAUCAGGGUGGUAAAAGUAAAGUAUUUUAUGCAAUUGAUCGUAGUUCAGAUAGAAAAAGACAAUUUCAUAUUAAUGAAAAUGGUACAGUAACAAUACAAAGAAGUUUAGAUCGUGAAGAAACACCAAGACAUCAAGUUAAAAUACUUGCAAUUGAUGAUGGUAUACCACCAAAAACAGCAACAGCAACAUUAACUGUUAUUGUACAAGAUAUUAAUGAUAAUCCACCAACAUUUUUAAAAGAUUAUCGUCCAGUUUUACCAGAAUAUGCAACACCAAGAAAAGUAAUUGAAAUAUUAGCAACAGAUGAUGAUGAUAGAUCAAAAAGUAAUGGUCCACCAUUUACAUUUCGUAUGGAUCCAAAUGCUGAUGAUAUAAUACGUGCUAGUUUUAAAGUUGAAAGUGAUAAUAAAGGUGCAAAUGGUGAUGGUAUGGCUAUUGUAACAUCAUUAAGAUCAUUUGAUCGUGAACAACAAAAAGAAUAUCUUAUACCAAUAAUAAUAAAAGAUUCUGGUACACCACUUAUGGCUGGUACAAGUACAUUAACUGUUGUUAUUGGUGAUGUUAAUGAUAAUAAAAUGCAACCUGGUUCAAAAGAUAUAUUUGUUUAUAAUUAUGCUGGACAAUCACCAGAUACUGAUAUUGGACGUGUUUAUGUAUUUGAUUUAGAUGAUUGGGAUUUACCAGAUAAAAAAUUUUAUUGGGAAGGUUUAGAACAUGCACAAUUUAAACUUGAUGAAGAUAAUGGUAUGAUAUCAAUGAAAUCAGGUACACAUGAUGGUAAAUAUCAUUUACGUUUUAAAGUAUAUGAUCGUAAACAUACACAAACAGAUAUACCAGCAAAUGUAACUGUAACUGUUAAAACAAUACCACAUGAAGCUGUUAUGAAUUCUGGUUCAAUAAGAAUAUCUGGUAUAUCUGAUGAAGAUUUUAUACGUGUUUGGGAUUAUAAACAUCAAAAAUUAACAAGAAGUAAAGCUGAUUUAUUUCGUGAAAAAUUAUCAAAUUUAUUAGAUAUUGAUAAGGAUAAUGUUGAUAUAUUUAGUGUACAACAACGUAGAAAAUUACCACCACAAACAGAUAUUAGAUUUUCAGCUCAUGGUUCACCAUAUUAUAAACCAGUUAGAUUAAAUGGUAUUGUAUUAAUGCAUCGUGAAGAAAUUGAACGUGAUGUUGGUAUUAAUAUAACAAUGGUUGGUAUUGAUGAGUGUUUUUAUGAAAAUGAAAAUUGUGAGGGUAGUUGUACAAAUGUACUUGAUAUAAAUAAUAUGCCAUAUAUGGUUAAUGCUAAUAAAACAUCACUUGUUAGUGUACGUGUUGAUGUUAUUGCACAAUGUACAUGUGGUGCUAGAAAUUUUAGUACAACUGAAUCAUGUAGAACAAGUCCUUGUUAUAAUGGUGGACGUUGUAUUGAAGGUCGUUUUGGAUUAACAUGUCAAUGUCCAGCUGGUUACAAUGGACCAAGAUGUCAACAAACAACAAGAAGUUUUCGUGGUAAUGGAUGGGCAUGGUAUCCGGCACUUGAAAUGUGUGACAACAGCCAUCUUAGUUUUGAAUUUAUAACAAGAAAACCUGAUGGUCUUUUAUUAUACAAUGGACCUAUUGUACCACCCGAGUCUGAUGAACUUAUGGUUUCAGAUUUUAUAUCUGUUGAAUUGGAUCGUGGUAUACCAAGAUUAUUAAUUGAUUUUGGAUCUGGUACACUUGAGCUUAAAGUUAAAACAAAAAGGCCACUUGACGAUGGUGAAUGGCAUAGACUAGAUAUAUUUUGGACAACUGAAACAGUUAAAUUAGUUGUUGAUUAUUGUAAAUCAGCUGAAAUAAUUGAACAAGAAGAUGGUACACCACCAUCAUUUGAUGGUACAUCAUGUCAAGCAACUGGUGUUGUACCACCAUUUAAUGAAUAUUUAAAUGUCAAUGCACCAUUACAAAUUGGUGGUUUAUAUGUUGAACAAUUUGAUCCAACUCAAUAUAAAUGGAAAACAAUGCCAGUUGGUAAAGGUUUUGAUGGUUGUAUACGUAAUUUAUUUCAUAAUAGUAAAUUAUAUGAUUUAGCACAUCCUGGUUUGUCAAGACACAGUGUUGCUGGUUGUCCACAAACAGAUGAAAUAUGUAAUAAUCAAGAAUCAACAUUUAGAUGUUGGGAACAUGGUACAUGUGUUGGUAGUUUUACUGAGGCAAGAUGUCAAUGUAAUCCUGGCUGGACUGGUCCUGGUUGUAUGGCAUCAACAAUACCAACAACAUUUAAACCACAAAGUUAUGUUAAAUAUGCAUUGUCAUUUGAACCAGAUAAAUAUUCAACACAAAUACAACUUAAAUUUCGUACACGUGAAAGUAGCGGUGAAUUAUUUAGAGUUAGUGAUCAACAUAAUCGUGAAUAUGCUAUACUUGAGAUCAAAGCAAGUAGAUUGCAAUUUAGAUACAAUUUGAAUAGCAUGAGAGUUGAAGAACGAGAUAUUUGGCUAAAUGCUAUAGCUGUUGAUGAUGGACAAUGGCAUACUGUUCGUGUAUCAAGAUAUGGUUCAGCAGCAACAUUAGAAUUGGAUGGUGGUGAGGGAAGACGUUUCAAUGAAACAUUUUCAUUUGAUGGACAUCAAUGGCUUCUUGUUGACAAACAAGAGGGUGUAUAUGCUGGUGGUAAAGCUGAAUAUACUGGUGUUAGAACAUUUGAAGUCUUUAAUGAUUAUCAAAAAGGUUGUAUUGAUGAUAUUAGACUUGAGGGAAAACAUUUACCACUACCACCAGCAAUGAAUGGUACACAAUGGGGACAAGCAACAAUGGCUAGAAAUCUUGAAAGAAUGUGUCCAUCAAAUAAACCAUGUGCAAAUGUAUUAUGUAAAGAGCCAUUUGAAUGUAUAGAUCUUUGGAAUGAACAUGCUUGCACAUGUGGUGAAGGAAGAAUACGUUCACCAGAUGGUGAAUCAUGUAUGGAUAAAAAUGAAUGUAUUGAUUAUCCAUGUCUCAAUGGUGGUAGAUGUAUUAAUCAAGAUCCAAGACUUAGAUACAGAUGUAUUUGUCCUGAAGGUUUUUGGGGUGAAAAUUGUGAACUUGUACAAGAAGGACAAACACUUAAAUUAAGUAUGGGUGCACUUGCUGCCAUACUCGUUUGUCUACUUGUUAUUCUGAUUUUAGUGUUGGUGUUUGUUGUGUACAAUAGAAGAAGAGAAGCACAUAUAAAAUAUCCAGGACCUGACGAUGACGUCAGAGAAAAUAUAAUAAAUUAUGAUGAUGAAGGUGGUGGUGAAGAUGACAUGACUGCAUUUGAUAUUACGCCAUUACAAAUUCCAAUUGGUGGUCCAAUACCAGAAAUGGGAGGAAAAAUACAAACUCAUAAAUUGGCUUAUCCAAUGGGACCAGAGCCAAAUGUAGGAAUGUUUAUUGAGGAUCAUAAGAAAAGAGCAGACAGUGAUCCAAAUGCACCACCAUUUGAUGAUUUACGAAAUUAUGCUUACGAGGGUGGUGGAAGUACUGCUGGUUCUCUAUCCUCGUUGGCAUCUGGCAAAUGGACAGACGAUGAACAACAUGAGUACGAGUAUCUUGGAGCAUGGGGUCCAAGAUUUGAUAAACUCGCUGAUAUGUAUGGUCCAACUGAAGAAAGCGAGGAAGAAGAAUAAAUUAUAAAUAAAAGAAAAAACAAAUUAUAACUGAGUUAAUCUCGUAAAUUUCAAUGAUGGGUAAGCAAACAACAUCCCUAAUGUUAAUAAUAAAUAAGACUCAAAUUGCGUUAGUGUAAUAAUAAAUAAAUAUGUAGUCAAAAUGUCCUUGUUGACUCUCAACUGGCAUAUCGCAAUAACGCGAGAAAGUAAUAAACACGAGUUAAGUUAAUAAAAAAGAAUUAAAAAAAAGACAACUCCAUUAUAACUUAUAAGUGAAUGUAAGUCAUAAAAAAAAAAAAUCUCGUCAACCCUGUUCUAAAGUCAGGAUUUAAAAAAAAAUAAAUAAAUAAAAAGCACGAACUUUGAAAUAGUUUAUAAGCUCAUAAAGAAAAAAUAAAAAAAAAUUAUUUAUUGCACCAAAAUAAGAAAAAUAAGAAAAAUACGACGAGAGUUUUUUAAAAAUGAAUUUUGAAAAAUGAAAAAAAAGUUAAAUAAUAUCCUGAGAUGUAUGUGUAAUGUGCUGCGAAUAUAAGGAGCUUGAUUAUAAUCGUCAAUUCCUUACAACGCUUUAACAAAUUUAUCUAAGACUUUUUUUUGUAUAAAUUUGUUUUAUUUAUUUAUUCAAUAUUUAAGAAUAUAAUAUAUAUCGUUAGAUGAUUUUUUUACACAAUUAUUAUUAGAAUUUUUUAUUUAAAAAAAUUUAUUUAAUCAAGACAUAUUGUCAAUAUAAUUUAUUACAAAUUAAUACUACUUUUGUCAAUAUAAUAUUGUCAACGAUAUUAAUUAUUUUAUUUAUAAUUUUUUUUUAAUUUAAUUUAAAAAAAAACUCAAAAUAUUUUUAUGAAUACCAAAGAACGAAUAAUUGGCAUAAAUAAAAUAUAACUUUAGUUCAUCUUUUUUAUAAAAAUAAUGUAAUAUUUAAAUAUAAUAAUAAUUUUUAAGUUGAAAAGAAAAAAAAAAAACAAACAAAGGAUAAACGAAUUUAUAAUAUAUUCACUGUUGAGACAGUUUUAUUGAUAUAAUUAAAUAAAUUUUAAAAAAUAAUAGAUGUUUGAGAUGUGUGCGCUGUGGCGUGUAAAAAAGUAUUAUAGUUCAACUACAAUUACAACGUGGUUUUGCCAUAAAAUAAUAAUAAAUAAACAAAAAAAAAAAAAUAAUAGAAAUUAUAAAUAAAAAAAAAAGUUACAAAUGUUAAUAGUUGUAAUUGAAAAAAGAAAAAAAAAUAAAUCACUGUUUCAUUACGUCAUUAAAAACACACCAUACAAAUGAAAAUUCAUUGUCAUCAAUAGAAGUAUUAUGAUCAUUAUAUAUUAUUGAUAUUGCAUUUAAUAAUAAUAUUUAAAUUUAAAUAGUUUAUGAAAUUUAAAUAGAGUCACGAGGAAGAAAGGUAUAAAAAUAUAUUUAAAACAAACCAACUUAAACAGUGACAAAGAUUAAAAUAAUUUAAAAAAAAAAAACAAAAAGCUCACUAAUUACAUUCGUAUUAUCCUUUAUAGUUUUUUUUUUUUUUUUUUUUUAAAUUAUUUUUUAUUUCGGUCGUGAUGAGAGACAAAAAAAAAAAAAAACGCCAGAAAGUAUAUGGUGUAGUAACUCGAUAAAAAACAUCAAUGAAAAUAUGUUAAAUAUUUAAAUAAAUUAAAAAAAAAAAACAAAUUUUUUGGAAUAAAAAUAAAUGAAAAUAAAUAAAAAGAAAAAAAAGGAUAGUGUUAAUAAACUCAAUCGUUAAACGAAAUCGAGUUGUUACAAGAAAAAUAAAAAAAUAUAAAAAAAAAAAAAAAAGAAAAUCCCUCAAAAAAUCGACUGAUCUGUAAAAUUCUCAAAACGGGAUAUUUCAUAUAGUCAAUUUACAGAUUUAGGAAGUCAUUUGUGACUAAAUUAUCCGUAAUAAAAUGUACAUUCGAAUAUCGAUGUCCAAAUAUGUAAUUAUAUUUAUUGCUCGAACAAAAAAAUUUUUAAAAAUAAUCGAGAUAUACGAUAAAGUAUAAAUUAAUAUAAAAUUAGAAAAAAAAAGAAUAAUAAUAAUAAUAAUUUGUCGUGGUAAGUUAUAAAAUUAAAUUACCAAGAUUAUCCUUAAAUUUUGACCGUGUUAAUUAUAGUUUUGCAAUUUGUGAUAUUAAUUUUUUGCGAAUACUCUGUCCCAGAUAAAAAUAAACAAAAUGACAAAGAUAAAUAUUAAAGAACAA